AUGAAAAAAGGUAAAAUGGAAAUGGAAGCUAAAGAACAGGAAGAAUAUCUUGCAAUUCCGAAAACUGAAACUAUCAGUGCAGUUAAUUCAAGAAAAAUGCCAUAG